AUUUAACCAUAGCUUUUUUUUUUGUAAGGAAUACCAAUUUUGUAAGGAAUACCAAUUUUGUAAGGAACAAAAAUCAAAUUAAAAUUUUUGUAUGACGAGUUGACGACAGAUUGAUUCAGUGUUGUCAGCUGUCAAUGUCAAUAGCUGUCAGCAAUCAUAACAAAACCGAAUAUAAAAAAUAACACAACAUACAAACUCAAUUUUAUUUAAAAUAUCUAUUUGUUUCCUUAUGAGUCCCGCUUUUUAUAAAAAAAAAUGCAAAAAAAUCAGUUCCAGUUAGCAUUAAGUGACUUUAAUAAAAUAUGCCGAGUAUGCUUAACAAAAUCCGAGGGUUUACAGUCGGUUUAUGAGGUAAAUUUCCCUAGUGAGGGGCACUGUGAUCCCUUAGAUGUGAGGAAAUUAUUUAAAAAAUAUUGUGAUUUAGAGAUUUGUCCAACUGAUGAAAAACCUCAACAAAUUUGUUUAGUUUGUAUAAAACUACUGUAUGAUUCUUGCAAUUUUUUCAAAAAAUGUGCCGAAUCCAAUGACGUUUUGGAAGAUAUAAUACGCCAGGAAACAGUUAAAAUCGAAAUUGAAAGUGCAAAACUUGAGCCAGCCCUAUUGAAAAGGAAAAGGACUAAAAGCCAUGAUGCAAAAUAUCACAGUGAAUCUGAAGAUGAUGUAUUUGUUGAAGACAAUGACUCAGAUUGGGAUCCCUCAAAUGAUCAAGAAAAUGUUGACUUAAAAGAGGAUGAUUUUAAUGCAGAAAAGACUAAAAUUGAUGAUGAUUUUAAUACCUCUGAUGAAGAAUCUUUGGCAUUAAAAGGAAAGAAAAUUACUAGAAAGAGGAAACUAGAAGAAAAGACUAGAUCCAAAAAACUGUUAACAAGGAGAGGCAGGAGAAAAAAAACUGAUCAAAAUGAAAUCAAACCUGAUCCAGAUGAAUGUGACAUCGAAAAUACUUCAGAACUUGUGUGUAGACUAUGUGGUCUAACUUUAAGUGACAUAAAUGCAUCUAUUCAGCAUUAUGAUGAAAGUCAUGCACCUGAGCUUGAAGUCAAUGAAUGCAUCUUUUGCCAAAAACCUAAAGUCUACAAGCUUCGGGAUAAUUUACUUUAUCAUAUGGCCCUUCAUUCCAAAGACAGUAUUAAAUGUAUUCCUUGUAUGAAAUAUUUUAAGACAAAAGAACUGCUUGAGGAACAUCUGAAUGAAUGUUUUAAGGUGGAUAUUAAGAGUAUUAAGUUAGAUCUGGAUGAAAACUGUAAAAAAGAUGAUGGUAGUGUAGUUACUCAGCUGCAAAAUACUCAGUUAUCCCAAAAGAUACUGAAACAAACUCAAUAUGAUGGUGCAUUUAAAUGUCAGCUCUGUCAAGAGCACUUAGGGGAAAUUGACUCUGUAAUAGAACAUUUUGAAAAAGUCCAUUUAGCAGACCUAAGUUGUAUCAUUUGUAAGAGGACAUUCACAAAACCAGUGCCAUUGUUUCACUUGGGGUUACACUCUACAAAGUCACACAUAUGCAGACCCUGCAGGUUAUUUUUUAAGACUAAGGAGGAAUAUGAUAAGCAUUGUGCUAAGUUUGAUCAUGACAAAAGCCUAACUUGUAAAAUUUGCGGAAAGAAGUUUACUAGGAACUACAAAAAGAAUAAACACAUGCUUAGUCACCUAAAAGAAAAGAACUACUCAUGUAAUAAAUGUGGAAAGACAUUUACUUAUAAGACAAGUUUAGUAAGGCAUUUUAAAAUGCAUUUUGGUAAAAGGUUUCUUUGCUCUUCUUGUGGAAAUGCUUAUACAACAAAGUUCAUGUUACAAAGGCACAUUAGAAUCAUGCAUACAAUGGUUGAUGAAGAUGGAAAACCUCUGCCUAAACCACCACCAAAACCAGUCAAGCUUCAGUGUGAAUUUUGUGGGGAAAUAUUUACAACUAAAUAUGGAUAUGGUAGGCAUAUAAGAAGGCAUCCGGAGUUUAGGGAGUUCAAAUGUAAAAUUUGCUCUUUUAUGUGUGAUACAAGGGAGCAGCUGGACGUUCACAUGGAAGAGAAACACAACAAACACACUUGUGAUGUUUGCGGAAAACGUUUUCCUUUUGAAAGCGAGCUUAAGACCCAUCAUAGAAAGCAUGAAGACAUGGAAAGUUCGCGUUUUAGAUGUGAUGUGUGCGGUAAGACAGCAAGGACACAAACCCAACUAAAAGUCCACUACAGAAUUCAUACAGGGGAGCGCCCAUUCUCAUGCGAAAUAUGUGGGAAAUCGUUUAAACAAACGGCGCAUCUUAAGGUGCACAUGUUCCAGCACACUGGAAAAAUGCCCUUCAAAUGCAUGGUGUGUGAAAAAUCGUUUCCCUUUCAACAUGUUAUGGAGAUCCAUAUGCGUACUCAUACUGGUGAAAAGCCAUUUUUGUGUGUUAUUUGUGGGAAUGCGUAUCACGAUAGGUCCACCAUGCAAAAACAUCAGAAAAAGAAGCAUCCAGAAAUGCCUAUACAAAAAGUGGGAAGGUCUGAUUAUUCCAUUAGCAAAUUAGAGUAAAAUUGUACUUUUUUAUUGGGUGGAAGACUUAAUUUAAUGAAUUUUGCCAAAAUAAUUUAUAUAUUGUUUGCUUUAAAUUUGUUAGGCAGGUUUAGAAUCUCGUAAUAUUAUUUUAUUUUUUAUGUGUAAUUGUUUGGUAUGAUAUUUUUUCUCAUAUGUGUAAUUCACUUAUUGUUCAGAUUUAUAUUAUAUACCAUUUUUAUAGUGUAUUUUUAGGAUAUCGUUUGUAAUGGUUUUGUAUACAAAUAGGAAGGUUAUUUAAAAGACUUUUAUUUAUAGUA